AUGUCAACAGAAGACACCAUGGAGCCCAAAACAAAUGGGAUUGACGACUUUCCAGAACACUGGAAGGCCACUCUUCUUGGAGAAGUCUUUUGGAAAGACGCAGAGGACUGGAACAAAGAUACCAACGCCAAGAUCGAAGCCGAGCACGAGCAGAGUCUUCAUACCAGGUUUCCUUUCAACAUUGGCGCGGAGCAGGUGCCUCGCGCACCCUCUAUCAACACCAGCGCGGUUGAUUCGGACGAGGCAGUCGAAGCGACAGCUGUUGAGAAGAGAAGCAGACGCUUUAGCAUGAGCGAUGCUCUCAGCUUGAACCUGUUUUCUUCUUCUCGUAGCCUUGAGCUUGGUAGACACUGCCGCUCUCGGUCUCGCUCUAACAACCGCGGCCGCUCCUCUAGUGUUACGCCUGACGUCCGUCGCUCGGACUCGCUGAUCAGGUCCACUUUCAACAGGAUGAGCUUGAGGAUGAGAGAAAAGAGCGAAGAAGAAGAAGAAGAAGCGAAGGAGGAGGAGGAGGAGCUAAUGCAGCUUGAAGAGCCGGUAGUUGCCAUUCCCAUCUUCUCUCCCGACCAGGCGACCCCCGCGAACCCUCUGAUGGAGUUCCGCGGCGGGGCUCUCUGGGCAGCCCUACCCAAGGAUCGCCGUACCCUAGGUAUUGACGUCUUCUGGCCAGUCCCCAGCGGAGAAGACAAAGACGACAAGGAGAACGUGAAGAAGCACAAUUAUGACGAAGAAAAGGAAGAAAAGCCUACCAUUUUCCCCAUUGACGAAAUGGCUCCUGUCUGCAUGUUCCGUAACCUGCGCGUCCUCAAGAUCACGGGUAUGAUGCAGUCUUACCAAAUGUACAUCUUCCAGGCCGCAUGGCUCAACACCAACCUCGACGAACUUGAAAUUGGAAUGGCCUUGCCUCCCCGUCUCCGUCGUGGCUACAAGUGGCCUUACAUCAAGGGUGGCUGGCAGCUGAACAAAACCACCAUGGAAGAACCGGUGUACUAUGGCACUGGCGAAGGCUCCCUCCUUCACAAAGUCGGCGUCGGCGAAUACCUCGACAAAAUGUGUCUCGAGAAGGCCAAAAUCCGCGCUAUGGCCAUGGGUAGCACCCGCAACCGUCUGUCAAUCCGCACCCUCGUACUUACCGGCGUCGUCGUCGAUGCAGACCCCUUCCUGCACUGGUUUGACCCCAAGCGUCUAAAGUGCAUCAAUUUCAAGGACUAUUGCGUCGACGCGGGCUUCUACCUCUCGCACUGCAUGAAAAAGGUCUCGAUCUUGUUCCCGCGCAUGAUCGAGGAGCCUGUCCUGAGGGGAAGGCGUGUUAACCCGGCCGCUGAGCUGAAGGUCAUUGAGCUUAAGGGUGGCAAGAAGGUUGGAGAGAUUCCGUACCGUGGGCCUCAGAGCCUGAAAGAGAAUAUUCCGAGGAACGUGAAUGUGAACUCGAGUGUUGGUGUGCAGAGUGAUGAGCACAAGAAAAAGGGGGAGGAGGAAGUCAUGGAUGAGUCUCAGGUCGGAAUUGCGUUUUAG